CGCGAAACGCAUGUCGCUUGUGACCGCUAGACGCAUUACGUUCGCUAUCGCUUAUGCUUUUGUUGACGCUUAAUUUCUAUUUCUAUAUUUCUUCCGUACUGUUACCUUCUGUGUUUCUAUCUUCCGAACUUUGGACAUUCCUUCUGUGUUGUAUAUAUUCUUGACAUUAUAAUAUUUAUUGGAGAAAGUGGACGUUUGGAUUACUGUGGCUGAGAUACGUCACGCACCCUAUCUACAUCCCCAUACUGGUGACCCCUGAAGAACACAGUACCAAGAGGAUAACAUCAGAAAACCGUACGUAGAAGUGUCGAGCAAAAUAGACAAAGGAAAUACCGUUAUGUCGCCCAUUACACAAGUACCGGCGGCAGUGCCUGUUCCCACUGCACCAUCCGUCACAACUGCGCCGCUCGGUUCCACUACAACAACGACUCCGUCAUCCGAAGUUUUUAGAGUCGGAGUACGACUUCCACCUUUUUGGCCAGAGGAACCCGCGAUUUGGUUCUCGCAGGUUGAGGGUCAGUUCGACAUAGCCGGCAUCACCAAUGACCUGACAAAGUUCCAUUAUGUCGUCAGUCAGUUAGAUCGGGGGGCACGGCAGUGCCCCCGCCAAGUCGAGCGCGAAGCAAACACUGCCGUACCAUCCUUUACUGGAACCAUUUCGCCGCAUUUUCAGGCCCCUCGACAGUUUGCAAAGGAGGUCAGGGAUAUUAUCACCAAUCCACCGGCAACUGACAAAUAUGCUAAGCUGAAGAGCGAACUCAUCAGUCGCCUGAGCGAUACCACCGAGCGACAGAUCCAGCAGCUCCUGCAUCAUGAAGAGCUGGGAGAUCGUAAGCCGUCUCAGUUCCUGCGUCACCUGCAGGCUCUGGCAGCUAAGCGUAUAUCGGACGACGUUUUACGCAUGAUGUGGACCAACAGAUUACCCGCGAGCAUCCAAACUGUCCUCGCAGGGCAUCCAGAUGCUUCGUUGGACAUUAUCGCAGACCUUGCUGACAGGGUCCACGACAUCGGCCCACGCUGCGCUUGUUCGUCGCACGUCGCUUCUGCAGGCUCCGAGCAACCUGGCUCCAGUACUGACGCCUUGGCGAGGGAGAUAGCUGCGCUUAGGAGAGAGGUUCGUGCCUUGAAGAUGGACCGUGAAGGAGGAAGAUCCCGCUCAAGGAAUCCCAGCCGCUCCAGAAGGCAGAGUCGUUCCAGCACCAGGUCCCAGUCCAGUUAUAGGAAAUUUCCCAUCUGCUGGUACCAUUCAAGACAUGGCGAGAACGCUAGCAAGUGCGUACAACCCUGCGACUACAAGAAGUCGGGAAAUGCCAUGGGCAGUCAGUAAUGGCGA